UCUCCCUACGGUGUCCGGAUUCACAGCGGUCUGUGUUGAAUCUUUUGUCGUGUUCAUUGCGACUGGAUUAUUAAAGUUAUGGCGAGUUUAGCAGCCGCCGCCGCUGCCGCUGCAGCUGCACGGGAUCCAGCAGUGGAUCGAUCUUUGCGUUCAGUCUUCGUGGGAAACAUCCCAUAUGAGGCAACGGAGGAGCAGUUGAAGGACAUCUUCUCGGAGGUCGGACUUGUCGUCAGUUUUAGGUUGGUGUAUGACAGAGAAACAGGUAAGCCGAAGGGUUAUGGCUUCUGUGAGUACCAGGAUCAAGAGACUGCGCUCAGUGCCAUGCGUAACCUAAACGGCAGAGAAUUCAGUGGAAGGGCUCUCCGUGUUGACAACGCUGCCAGUGAGAAGAAUAAAGAGGAGCUGAAAAGUUUGGGAACUGGUGCUCCAAUUAUUGAGUCCCCUUAUGGAGAUGGCUGCAUACCAGAAGAAGCCCCGGAGUCAAUCAGUAGAGCGGUGGCCAGCCUGCCCCCUGAACAGAUGUUUGAGCUAAUGAAACAGAUGAAGCUUUGUGUGCAGAACAGUCCACAGGAAGCUAGGAACAUGCUGUUGCAGAAUCCUCAGCUAGCUUAUGCCCUGCUGCAGGCACAGGUCGUCAUGAGGAUUGUGGACCCUGAAAUUGCUCUGAAAAUGCUUCACCGUCCGGCUGUGGUUCAGCCCGUAAACCCAAAUUCUCAGCCUGGGGCAGUGCCUGUUACUAACCAGCCCCUGCCUCAGCCCACUGCCCCCGUCUCUCAACCCCAACAGAUGCCAGGCAUGCAUGUGAACGGAGCUCCUCAAAUGAUGCAGCCUCCACAGAUGGGAGGUGGAGGACCCGGACCAAUGCCAGGACAGGGACCAAUGGGACCAGCUGGCGGGAUGCAGGCUCAGAUAGGAAUCCAACCAGGAGGUCCUCUGCCCAUGGAUAGGGGACCAGGAAACCUUCAGGACUCUCCUAUAGGAGCAGCUGGGCAGGCUGCUAUCGAGCGGUCUCCAGUGCCAAUUGUAGACCCACGUGCACCUAUGCGAGGGGCCCCGCCCGGCCCUCAAGGGAUCCCACCCAGAGGUCUUCUCGGCGAUGGCCCGAACGACCCACGUGGCGGAUCAUUGGUCAAUGUCACUGGAGAUGUUGUGGAACCAGGGCGUGGUUAUAUUGGAGGCCCUCCGCAACACCAGGGGCCACCUAUGCAUAUGGCACCCCCAGACAUGCGCGGCCCUCAUGACAUGAGGGGAGGACCAAUAAUGGGAGAGCAAAGAGGCCCUAUGAUGGAACCGCGUGGCCCACCCAUGGAGGCAAGAGGUCGUGAUCCACGGGCUGUUGAUGCUCGAGGUCCGAUAUCAGGUCAAAGGGUUCCUGGGGCGGCUGGGAUGCAAGGUCCUCCCCCCCACGGCAUGGGACAGAGUGCACCUCCCGCAGCAAGACCAGGCCCUACUUCGGAUGUAUCAUCGCAAGACCAUGAGAAGGCUGCCUUGAUUAUGCAGGUCCUGCAGCUGACUCCAGAACAGAUUGCCAUGCUGCCACCAGAACAAAGACAGAGCAUUCUCAUACUAAAGGAGCAGAUUCAAAAGACAGCAGGCGCACCUUGAGAAAGGAUGCACCGAAUGUUCGGUAAACGAAAUGGCAAAAAAAGCAAAGCAGAAUAAGUGAAAUGGACCAAUAAAAUGCAACUGAACAUUACGUGUGAUUUGAUCAGCCCAUUGCGCAUUGAGUCCGAAACUUGCGUCAGAAAAUCCCACACUUUAAAAUGUAAAUACGACCUCACGUUGUGUCCAUCACGUUUAUACACUGCCUCCGACAUCUUCGUCCGUCAUGAAAAAGUUCGGAUCGGGCCAAGUACGGAAAAACAUUUUCGGACUGUAUGUGCAAAUUCCUUUAGAGAAUGAAAAGCGUCUUUACUGGUCGAUAACUUGUGUACUUCAGACUGGAGCGGGUGGUCUAACAGUAGCCCGCCAUUCACGUCUUCUUUUGAUAUCAUUCAGUGGUCGCGUGCGUGCACACCGUUUCCUGUACUAAACAACUUGUCAACAUAUAUGUUCUGUGCAUCCAGGCCAUGAGUGCACCUUCUCAGAGAUCAGUAACAGUAAGCUUUUGUGGGCGGAGUUUGAAGGGGAGAUGUGAACUGAAAUGGUUGUCAGCCAGAAUUGCUUGCAUGACUUUUUAUCAUUUAAAUCAUUUUGCAGUGUAGCCUAUAAUAAUCCAACAGUUUUCAUUUAUUCAUAUUUUUAGCUUAUAAAGUGGAAAAACACUUCUUAUGAAGAUUUUUGUUGUAGGGUAGAGUACAGUACAUUCUUUCAGCAGUCAUUAGCCUAAUAUAGGCUGUUCAAGAAGGGAGAGGGCUCUAUUUUUAUUUUAAAUUGUAUUGUGUUAUAUUGAAAAGCAAGACAACAUAUAAAAAGCACUUUUUGACCAUUCAGUUUAUGCAAUAGUGAAAAAAUUGGCUAAACAAAUAGAAAGCGAAGAGCCAUGUUCGGUAUUCGACCAAGUGUUUAAUUUUUAUUCUCCUUCGGCCGAGAAUUUUAAUUUCAGUGCAUCCCUAAUUGUCUAUGAGAAUGUGAGGAAUCUGACUGUACAACUAC